GUAUUUCUCCAGUCGAUUGACGUCGACCUCGUACUUUAUUUUUCCUCCACAAUUCCCCCGAAAAAUAGUUCACAAAGUCGUGAAAAACAGUAAAAUGCUGGCAUCAGUCGCCAAAAAGUGCAGCCUCACAGCACUGAGGAAUGUGAGGCAGAUUCAGCUGUCGGCGAGUCGUGCAUCGGAUCAUUUAUUCGUUCACAGAGAUACGGAAUAUGACAAUCCGAACAUUCCCUUUGAAUUCAACGAUGCAAACAAGAAGCGAGCCGAGGCAAUACUCGCAAUAUACCCAGAGGGUCACAAGCGAGGGGCCAUGAUACCACUCCUAGAUCUCGCACAAAGGCAACACGGUUGGCUACCAAUUUCCGCAAUGCACAAAGUAGCUGAGAUACUUAACGUGGCAAAUAUGAGAGUUUAUGAGGUUGCCACUUUCUAUACAAUGUUCAACAGACGGCCAAUGGGAAAAUAUCAUAUCGGUGUUUGUACGUGUACACCAUGCUGGCUGAGGGAUUCUGAUUCAAUUUUGAAGGCUGUGGAGGACACCGCCGGCUGUAAAGUUGGUGAAACAUCGAAAGACAAGUUGUUUACAAUAUCGGAGGUUGAGUGCUUGGGUGCUUGUGCCAAUGCACCAAUGCUCCAGGUUAAUGACGACUACUACGAGGACCUGACACCAGAAACUACCAGGACCAUUAUAAAUAAAUUCAAGUCAGGCGAGAGGCCACCACCUGGACCCCAGGUCUCUACUCGUUAUGCUGCUGACCCGGCUGGGGGUCUGACCUCACUCACAAGCCCACCACCAGCGCCCGGCGAUGGAAUACGCAGUGAUCUAUGAAUUUUCGGGGUGGAGCGAAAAAUCGGGCUGAUAGUCGUUUAAUUAUUCAAUUUGUGUAAUGAUAAUUACUGUGUAAAUGAUUGGUUUUUUCGAAGUAAAAGCAUUGAAAUUAAAUGAUUGUCAAUCGUUAUUUUUACCUUUGUCAUUAUUUUCAGAGAGAAACAAUGAACGAGGGUAUGAUGACAUGAGAAAAAUAGCACUCCUGGCAUUUCAAUUAAUUAAUGGAGGAUUAUUAACAGAUUGUAUUUUUUUAAGUGGAUAAAAUAUUUUGAGGAAAUGAAGCCAUUCAUUAAAUGGUUAUCAAUCAUCAAUGAAUUCCAUUCUCUAAUAAUGCAGUGAUCUAUGGAUUUUUGGGGUUGAGCGAAAAAUCGGGCUGAUAGUCGUUUGAUUAUUCAAUUUGUGUAAUGAUAAUUACUGUGUAAAUGAUUGGUUUUUUCGAAGUAAAAGCAUUGAAAUUAAA